GCAGAACAUGACCACCAUUCAGGAUAUUGACAAAUCGUUGGACGAGUUCCUUGGUACUAUUCGAGCAUGGGAUGAAAAAUCCAGUGACCUUCGGGAUGCGGCAAUAGAUGCUCUCGCGGAUGACGUCCGGAAUCACUACGAUCUUCCCAUCGCCUCCAUCAACAGCAUGCUCGCGAAGAUUGACAAUGGUAUGAAGGAGCUUCAGGUCAUCCGCGCCAAGUUUGCUUCCCGGCGCAGUGCUCGGGCGAAAAUCAAUGAGCUCCCCGAAGAUAUCUUGCGUUUGAUUUUCGGGCACUGCGGGCGUACGGAGGUCAGAACUGACAACGGAAGUCUUUUCUCUGGGUUUGCCGGGACUGCGUCUCCUGGCCCGCGUCUGCAUCCUGCAUUUCCCGUUUCCUGGACAUGCUCCUAUUGGCGCAAAAUAUCACUUGAUCAUUCAGGGAUGUGGGCCCACGUCAACCUAGCGAGCUUCUCACAAAGGAUGGUCGAGGAGCUAUUCAAACGAGCGAAGGAGCAUCCCCUCGUUAUUCACUGUCACAUUCCAUCACAUGGUCAGAGUGAGCGAGCCUUCGACCUUGCUUCCGAACUCCUUCCUUUGAAGAUGUCGCGGGUCAAAGAGCUAUCGCUCGACAUUCGCAUAUCUGGAAAACAGUUGGCAGCCACCCCACUAACGUGCCCAGCUCCACUCAUUGAACAACUUCAUUUCGGUCUGUCGACUCAGACUUUACACAAUGUGCUGCCGUAUGCGUUGUUUAAGGGCGAGGCUCCAAAACUGCGCCACCUAACAUUAGACGGUAUUCGUAUGCCUUGGAAUAUUGGCUUCUACCGCAAUCUCUCGACCUUGAUAAUCCGGAACUUUGAUCGCCACGCAACAUCUCUACGGGACUCAGAUAUCUGCUGCGUUAUUCAAGACUCACCACGACUUGAGAUCCUGGAAAUCCGGUCCGGCUCUUCCAUAACACAGCAAACACAGCAAACACAGCCAAGUGACCCCUCUACCAUGGUCUCUCGCACUUCCUGUCCUCGUGUUGAGCUCAAGCACCUAUCCACGCUCACACUCGUAAUCCCAGUCCAAAUUGUCCACCAUUUAUUGUCAUCUAUAGCAGCGAAUCACAUCACCUCCUUGACUAUCAGUCUCGAGGGCGGCGUCAUGGAUUCGAAUGCUCACCUUGUGGCGCCUCUGUUCCAUCCGGAUAUUCUUCCGCGCAGUGCGCUAUCUGGCAUGAAACAACUCAUCGUACAUGCACACGGAUCGCUUCCUAUAGGCACGUAUCUCUGGGCUACGGAGACACUCCAGACAGGCUUCAUGCCGUCGCUAAAUCAGCGUCACUGCCGAGUUGAAUGGCGCGACAGCUCGUCCCAGCCGGUGUACAUUGCAACCCUUCGUCAGGUCGCGUCGAACGUCCUAGCACAUCGCAAGAUUGAGCACAUCGAGCGCCUCGUGCUUUCCUCGGAUUGCGAUGCUGACGACCACCCAUGUGCGAUUUACACGCACCUCCCGUCGCUCAGCAGCGUGGCGAUCGAUAGAGCUGUUGUCCCUUCAGCCAUCGGGCAACUAUGCUCUUCAAACGCAGGGACGCCGGCCACUGGAGAGCGAUCCACAAUAACCGAGCUCACUAUACGCCACUGUGCUGUUACGAGCGAACAGCUGGACGCGCUUAUCGUAUGGUGUAGCCGUCGCCGGGAGCCGCUGCGCAAGCUAGUGUUCACCGCUGUUGCAUUCAAGAUUGCGUCUCGCAGCGCUAUAGAAGCUAUAGUGCGCGGCUUUGACAACAUCGCUCAGCUGGAUGUUGUGUGGGGGUGGGGGUGUGAGUUUUACUGCUCUGACGACAGCCAAACGUAUCAGCUCCAACGCAAGCCCUUGAGCAGGAAACGAUACGAAGUUGUCCACAGCCCGGAUCUAACGUAG